GUGUUGGUUGCAGAGAUGCUCCCAGUGUUGAAGAUCAAGUAAAAUCCGCUAUCUUCAACCAUGUCAUGGUCUGGGGUUUGUAAGAGAGCUCUUCCCCUCUCAACUUACCUCAAAAGCUCACACCUUUUCACUCUCCAGUCCAGAUGCAUACCCAAUUGUAAUUUCAAUGGAGGUGGUAGUAGUAUUAUUGCAUAUCAGAGGCAUUUCAGCCAUGAUAGUAAGAAUAUGUGGCGGCGAUUUGAGUUAAGCUCGUUCAACAAGCGUGGUAGUCAGCUCUCACCAUUUGCUUCUCAAUCUCUGUUGAGAAGAAUCCAGAGACCCUAUUCUUCUCUGGCUGCCACGCAACGAAAAUCACGCAAGAUGCUUUACUACUUGACGGGUUUGGUUUUUGCAAUGGUGGCAGCCAGUUAUGCAGCUGUUCCUCUUUAUAGAAGAUUCUGCCAAGCUACAGGGUAUGGAGGCACUAUCCAACGCCGUGAGAGUGUUGAACAGAAGAUUGCUCGGCAUGUUAAGGAUGGCACAGUCACAAAUAGGGAGAUAGUGGUGCAGUUCAAUGCUGAUGUGGCUGAUGGAAUGCAAUGGAAGUUUAUUCCUACACAAAGAGAGGUUUUUCCUUUCACAAUGGUAAAGCCUGGAGAAAGUGCACUUGCUUUCUAUACCGCUGAAAACCGAAGUUCAACUCCAAUAGUUGGUGUCUCAACAUAUAAUGUUACCCCUAUGAAGGCUGCAGUUUACUUCAAUAAAAUACAGUGCUUUUGCUUCGAGGAGCAGCGGCUUCUGCCGGGGGAGCAGAUUGACAUGCCUGUGUUCUUUUAUAUCGACCCCGAGUUUGAAACAGAUCCAAGAAUGGACGGUAUCAAUAACAUAAUUUUGUCCUAUACAUUUUUCAAGGUCUCAGAGGAAUAAAGACGGUCUGCCAUUUCAAUAAUUCCGAACGUGAUUUGCAUAAAGCUAUAGAAAUGACCAGACUCGAAGCGUCGAGGAAGAAUAUUUGGUGUUUUCUUUUCCAUAUUUAUUGCAGAUCAUGUUUCUGCAGUAGGUUUCAAUUUAUGGAUGAAAGAAAUGUGAAGGAAGAGGUCUUGGUUUUGACAAUAAAACUACAUCGGUUAUACUGUUUAUACACUGAAUUAUUUGUUCAUUCA